AUGGAGCACGGAGUUAUUUCAAUGGAGCAGGGAGUUGACAGAUAUAAAAUCGUGUUUCUUUCAAAGAUUACAUAUAUUGAAAAGUGCUUAGAUGUUGUUGCUACUUUACAAGCUAAGAAGGACAGUGAUGAGAAAUGUUUUUUUCUGCUACAACAUUGUACCAUAUGGAUAUUGUCAACCAUAAUUCUAUUUCAAGGAAAGGCCUUUACUUGCGAAUUUAAAUAUUAUGGUCAACGUGCACAGUUUCACAAUUACUUUCAUGCCCUUUAAGUGAUUCCAGAAUCUAAGCUUCACUUUUAAAGUCGGGAAGACUAGCAAUCUACUUGUAAAAAGGAGUUUGAUGAUAGCCAACUAGAAUUUAAUGAAAAAAAAAUUGAUUGGAAGGUUAGGAUCAGAUUUGCAGCUUACUUUCAUUUGAACAAAUGGUGUCGAAACAACAACCUUUCUUUUUUUAAUUCACUUAAAUAUAGAUUUUAAUUUGGAUUUUUCUUAAGAUUAAAACUUGGAAAUUAAAAUGUUAGAGUACACUGUUAAAAAAAAGCCUGCUAUACUGUUGAAAAGUAGCAACCAAAUUUUACUGAAAAGAAAAUGGUUACUUGUGUUCUUUUUAUGAGGAACACCAAAGCUACAUGAAGGAACUCAUCACGCAGAUGGACUCCAAACCAUAGUACACUAACUACCUGAAAAUGCAGCAGCUGGUAUUUGACAACAAUUACGAGACUGCAAAACUGCUGAAGGCCAUGCAGGAAAUGCAAAAUAAAUAUGACGAACUUAUCGACAAUCUCAAAAAAGAAAUCAAAAACCUCCUUGAAGACAAACACCCCUACGUGUAAUAUGUUUGUUUCUUUGUUUUAUAGUCUUUUGCUCUAAAUAAUAUGUUGCUGCGUUAAAAUACUUUCUUUCCUAAAUUUCUAUGUAAGCCCUA